AUGAAGGCAAAGAAGAAACGCGAAAAGUCAAAAGGCAAGAAGGCCUCCGCGGGAACGGCGUUCACAAGGGUUGAUGAUUCCGCAGUCCCGGACAGCCAGAAAUCCAAGGCUUUCGGGAAGUCUUUUAAAAAGCUUGGAGCAGCAGGAGGCAAGGUUGGUGUUCUCUUUUUAUUUGGGCCGCCUAAUGACAUUCUUUUGUUCUAUCUAGAACAAGCAGAAAACACCUCGAGACAGGCACGUCUGAAGGCUAAGAAACAUGGCGAAAUCUGUCCCGAGCUCCUCAAGAACUGGGAACAGCUGAGACGGGAUGACACUCCCCUGGAAAAGAAACAUGAACUUGUUGAGGCCAUGCUUGAAACGGCAAAGGGCAAACUAGAGGACCUCUGCAUGGCCCACGACACUUCACGCAUCGUGGAGUCAAUGAUCCAGUUCGGCACUGAUGCCCAACGUUGGCAUGUGUUUGGCGAGCUGAAGAACCGCCUGCGCAAACUCUCCAUGUCCAACUACGCCAGAUUCGUGGUCCAGAAGUUGAUCGUCUAUGGGGCCAAGGAGCACAGACUGGAGUUCUUCAAGGCCCUGCAGGGCUACAUCUGCAAACUGCUGCGUCACAAGUACGCCUCCGAGGUGGUGGAGCUGCUCUACAACGACUAUGCCACAGUCUCCCAGCGGGCUGCCCUCAUGCGGGAGGCCUAUGGACACCAUAUUGCACCCCAGCUGACGAUGAGUAAUGUGCAGCAUCUGAGCGAGGCCCUGGCGCUCAAUCCGGACAAACGUCAGACAAUGAUGGCCAACCUGAAUGACCUUCUGGUCACGGCUGUUUCAAAGUGA